UGGCCUCAGCAUGUGGUGGCUCUGGUCGCGGAGGACGACCCAGCUUCGCGUGGUCCUUGCUUGCCUGCCUGCCUGCCUGCCUGCCACGCCCUGUUUGCAUUGGUCCCAAUUAGCUUUCUUCGUUGGGACAGAAGCCGCACCCGUCCGGCACUCGGAGCUUUCGCUCAGUCGAUGGGGAAAUCCUUCCCUCGCCAGUAGUGCCUGGCACAGGCCGCUCAGAUUGUCUGGCCAACUUGACAGGAGCCGCUCACGGGCCUCGCAGGCGCGAGUCUCUCUGGUUUAAGAGCCGGGAACCGGCUGGGGAAAUACUUCUCUACCCCAGAGAGAGAGCUUGCAUCGGGGUAUAACCAGGGCUGCCUGGCUUCGUGUCUUGCAAAAAGGUGGGGAAAUUCUUAGAAGUGCCCGGGAUUAGACUGGGAGGACAAACGAAGAUUUUGAUUGGAGCGAGAUUAUCUAGCGCCACAGUUGGUUUUAAGGGAGUCUCCCCUGAACUCCAACUUAAAACUGGGUUGACUGCUGUGGAGGAAGCCGAAAGUAGGGUGUUACGUUGCCUAAGGGGAUGGGGAAAUAAUUUUACUGUCAUUCAAAGUUAUCUUUUUUUCUAUACGGACAUAACUUCCAUAUUUUAAGUGUACCAGGCAGAAAUUCAGCAGCUGACGCUUCCACCCUCCAUAUAGAAAUGUACUACUAUGUAAAACCACGAAAGAUUUCCCUCUCCCUCGUAGCUGUAGCACAGUAGUUCAAGGCAGAAGGGGAAAGCGGCAACACUACGGGACUUCUUUUGAGUUGCCUGCCUUAUUCUUUGAUGGUUGCUGGAGUUUAGUUAAUACCUGACCUAUUGCUGCUCUCUAACCCCCUGCUUUUUUCCAUCUUUCCUCCUUUCCUCUAUUUUAAAAAAUGGCAAGUACCUGCAGGAAGAGCUGAAAACGUCUUUCAUAAGAUAAACCAAUUAGAUCACAAAUAUUUGCUCAUUAAUUAUGAUUUUGUUAUACAAAUCUUUUAAUAGUUGGCUAUAUAUGUGGGGAGGAAGGGCAGUAAGGGGUAAAUAGUGGUUCAUUGCCUCCACUAUUUGGGAAAGGAAGAGAAGAGAUGAGUCAUCUUUUCUGCUUCAUUUGUUCCUCUGAAUUUUCUCCCCAAUAACCAUAGAAAAUCUUUACCCAAACCUCUAUUCCCAAGGAGAAAGUGCAGCAUGAUUAAGAAGACUCUGCUUGUGUUUGCUUUAGGAGAAUGUGACAGUGCUGAUAACCUUGAGGAUAACUGCUGUUGACAGUAGAAUUAAUAAGUUGCCUGAACAAAGUAUAAUGGCAAAAACUACAAACUUGUGGUUCAUUUAAGGCUAAUAUGAAUAAUAUUAUGACAUAAGUUUUUGUGGAUUAGAAUCCAUAUUACAAGGUUUCAGCUCUAAUCUGCAGAAGCUUUUGUCAUAAUAGAUUUGUUAAGUUGCCAGAACGUGCUUUGUUCUUGCUGCAACACAGACAAGCACAAGUUCUGGAAAAUAAUACAAAGUAUAAAGUCAUUCAGCAGUUUGGUGCCUUUAGGUACCAUUUUUGAAGGCUAACCUGAAAAUGAAGUUGAGACUUUAAAAAUAUGCCAACCCAGCACAAACUUCUAGAAAUCCUGGCAUUUUUUAAAAAAACAUUCUGUGGUGACUUUUAUACAUCAAAUCCAUUUAGACAUAUCAGCUCUUCCCACCUUAACAUUUAAAGCAGAUCCUAGAAUAUCUGAGAUUCUGAGUCUAUAUCCCACAGAUUCACUUUUAACUUUAGACAUUUUUUUAAAAGGGGGAGAUAAACCGCGAGUUGCUUAACUCUUCCUCUUGCUUUUUUCUGCUUAAAAGUGCAGUGUGUGCUCCGAAGUCCUUUAUUUGCAUGAUAGGAAUAAUGAAGAUGAGUCACUAAACAGCUGGAAGUUGAGGGGAUACUUUUGAGAGGGUGAAAAGAAAGAGUUAAGCAUCUUCUCUUUUUCUCCACUAUUUAAAUGUGUGUGUAGCUGUACGUACUAGGGGAGGCCAAAUGCUUCUGUAGUCACUUAGCAGCUGUAGGAAUUAAAAAGCACUAAGCAUCUACUUUAGAUUUUAAAAAUAUUAGGAAAGAUGCAUGUGAUUGCAAGGUGCAUCUACUUUGUGCUGCAUUAUUUUGGAGAUUGCAUGAAGCCUUUCUGGUGUCUGGCCGGAUCACUGUUGUACUUCACCGGAUCAUACAUAAAUGUAAGUCUUCUCCUUGUGUGUUCUUAGCAGCUUCUCACAAAUACGGAGCUGGAUUUACUCUGGAGUGGAUUAGUCCAGAAACUCUUUCUGCUUAUCCUUUAUGCCAUGUUCUGGAUUAGAGCCAAGUGUGUGGAAUGUACUUGUGGAGAAGCUGCUUUUCCUGACAUAUUGCUAUGCUGUAAUGAGACCUUAUUCAAGUCAGAGAAGCAGAUCUGGGAUUCUGUGGCAAGAGCAAAGCUUAACUCACAGGAGAGUUGAAAUCAUAUUUACAUUUAAAUAACCUAAAUUAGCUUUCAUGAUAUCUCACUACUUCAGUACAUUUGCAUCAUCACCAAUCACAAGUUAUGCUGUUUGUACCUCAGAUGUCACUGCCUGCUACAACUUGUGUGGAAGAAGACACUGUUUAUUUGUCUAACCAGAGCAAUUUCCAGUACUAUUGCCAUGGACUCACUAGUGAAUAUGUAUCAAGACUUCAUGAAGGGAGCAGAUCCCCGGAUUGCCUCUUACCCACUUAUGGGCUCACCGUGGCCUAUGACUGGUAUUUUACUGAGCUAUGCCUUCUUUGUAUUGUCACUGGGCCCUCGGCUUAUGGCCAAUCGGAAGCCUCUGAACCUCAAGACAUUCAUGGUUGUUUAUAACCUUGCAAUGGUAGCACUGUCACUCUACAUAGUGUAUGAGUUUCUUAUGUCAGGCUGGUUGAAUGGCUAUACCUGGAGUUGUGACCCAGUAGAUACAUCACAGAGUCCUACAGCUCUACGGAUGGUCCACGUGGCCUGGGUUUUCAUCUUCUCUAAGGUCAUUGAGCUCAUGGACACAGUGAUCUUUAUCCUAAGAAAGAAGAAUGAACAGGUGACCUUCCUGCAUGUGUUCCACCAUUCAGUGCUACCCUGGAGCUGGUGGUGGGGUGUCAAGUUUGGCCCAGGAGGAAUGGGCUCCUUCCAUGCUAUGGUGAACUCGAUGGUACAUGUAGUCAUGUACUUUUACUAUGCACUCUCAGCUGCAGGGCCUGCCUUCCAAAAGUACUUGUGGUGGAAAAAGCACAUUACUGCCAUUCAGCUGCUGCAGUUCGUGCUCGUCUCCAUCCACAUCUCACAGUACUACUUCAUGCCCACCUGUAAUUACCAGUUCCCAAUCUUCAUCCACCUCAUCUGGAUUUACGGUGUUAUCUUCUUCAUCCUCUUCUCCAACUUCUGGUACCACUCGUACACCAAAGGCAAGCGUCUGCCCAAGGUCUUGAGAGAAUCCCAGCAGAACGGUUUCCAUGAGAAUGGUGCCAUUGCAAAUGGCAAAGCCAAGGCCAACUAGAGGGGUGGGAUCAAGAUGACUCGGACCAUCUGGGCCUGUUAGCCAGACCAAGUGCCUACAGACUGUUGUCUUGCAAUUCCAUGCCACCUUCCCAAUUGCCCUGUAUUUCUCGUUGCCUGGCCUUCAGUUGUCCCAGGGGAGAGAGGCUGCCUGGGGCUGUCGGUGCUGGAUCUAGCCCAAGGUCUCCAAAGUGCCUGUGUCUGCCCUGGGCUGGGCUCACUCCAGAGCUGGACCAAAGCAGAACCCUGCCAGAUGGGGCCCAUCUUUCCAUUUAGUUCUAUGUACUCCAUGUGAUCCAGGUGGGAAAUUUUGUUCCUCUGCCCCUCCAUCCCAAAUCUGGGUUGUCUUUUGUUCAGUCUAUCCUCUCUACCCAUUGGUGUCCUGCCAUUCAUACUUGAAUGUAAGUGGUCCCCUGUUGCUCCGGACUCGGCUUGCCCCAGAGAUACCUUUUCCUGUGCUGUAUGCAAAUGGGUGCUACAGGCCAAGGGUUUCAUUCCUGCUGCCUUGGCUGGCCUCAGUGUUCAUCCUUCCACAUAAAUUCAAUUUUUCAUUGCUCUGAUCUCAUGACCUUAGCAAUAACUCUGGACUUUGCUCUCCAUGGGUUGAUGACAACAGGCACGUCUUGCCCCAUUGAAACCAAGGGAGAAUAGGACACUAUUGUCCAGCCUGCAUGCUGUUGCUCUGUGUGCCUUCUUUGAUUUUAUUAUUAUUAGUGGAUCUGCUCCAAGGAGCAGAAUCUCCCUCUUUCUAAACCUUGGAGAGGACACCUCAUGGAGAGGUGCCUUUUUCCCGAGUUUCCCGCUUGUAUUCACAGAAAUAAAUGGAUGGAAAGAGAAUAGUAGUUCUUGUUCUUGAUUUCAAGGCUUUGGAGAGAUUGUACCACCCACACUAUGUUUUGACACAUACAUUAGCUAUUUUUCAAAUAUGAUAAUCCUGUUUUAAAGCCUUUAAGCAAAGUUCAUUGUUAGGUUGAAAUAGAAACAUCUGUAACACUAUUUAAUAUCCUUCUGCUGCUGUUAUUCUGCUGUACACUAGUUCUUUUUCACUCUCUCCAACCCCUUCUGAGAUAUCCUAAACUAAUGCUUAGUUUUGAUAACGAAUUUUUAUUUUGCAAGAGAUACUUAGCGGUGUCAUUUGGAAAUAGUAAAAUAGACUUUUUUGUUCUCCUGUGCAUGUCUGUUUUCAACAUUAUUUGUAGUGCAUAACUAACAUCUGAUCACCAGUCAUGCUGGACUGAUGAAAAACGAACAUGACAUUGUUUUCCAAAUGAGAUUUUCUGGUAUGGCUUGCUGCUAGAAUUGUUUUGCCUUUUCUGCUCUAAAAUGGCCUCUCACUGGCAAACCUAGAGUAAGUGGUCUGUGAUCAAGACCAUUUGUUUUCCUGUGUUCCUAAUUGAACAGUCUGCAUUUAUAUUCAAGAUAAAACCUCUAGCUUACUACAAAUGUUUACAGUAGUUUAAAUCUGACACAUUUUAUCAGUGUAAACAGCUUUGGUUCUAUAUCCUGUUGUGUAUAGACUAGAGUCGCUACUGUCUACUUGAAAUCUGCUAGCCUGCAGCUUUGUGAAUGGCUUGGCAUCUUCUGGAAAAGGUUUCUGUUUGGACUAGCUGAUAGACUAUACAUUGAAACCCUAUAAAGAUGUUGUAGGGCUGAGCUAUAUGUUUGACAGAUGAAGAAAGCUACAGGAGAAACCUGUUGCACAAGGAGUACAAGUUGCACUCAAUUACAGUUACUUCAGAUGGUUACCACAUGAUAUGUAUAAUAGACUGAACUUGAAAAUGAGCUUAAAACUACUAGCUUGAAGAGUUUGGGGGAUGGAUUACCCACCCAUAGCCAUUAAUACUAGUUGCCUUACUGAUGGCCUGAAGAACAAUUUCCCCAGUUUUAGAAAAGCUAUACUGAUUAUUUUUACUGUUGGCAGCCUGCUAUAUUUGUAGCCUAAAUUGCAUAAGCUUAUUACUAUAGCUUCACUGAAGCUUUUAUUUACUGAAGGAUGGGAAGUAUGCAUGUGAAACAUAUUGAUUGUUCCAGUAACUUCCUUUGGAAACAUUUUUAUUUCCUAAAAGUUAAGCAUUUUAAAAAUAGCAACUUUCUCAUCCUGAGGUUUGCAAAUGAAUCAACUUUUGGGGCACAUGUUUUACUAAUGUAAUUCCUCACUUGGCUAUUCUUGUCUAUAAAAGGAAUCCCAAACAUCUAUUUUUUCUCUGAAAAGUGAAAAACUCAUGAUCAGAACAAAGUGAACAUUAGUCUUUUUCCUAUGUUAUAUUACUCUCAGUAUUUAUUGUUGGACAUUACACUGUGUUACAAGUAAAAACCUCUCCAUCUGCAUCA